AUGGACGCUUCAGCGUCCGAGACUCCGCAAUUGCCGGUGCCGUUGACGGGUGAGGUGACCGACACUGAAGUUGACGAGCCAUCAGCCUCGAGGGCUUCUUCAAGUGAGGGCAAGCUGACCGCUGUGGUCCAUGAUGGAGAAACCACGCAUCCUUGGACGGGUGGGAUGCCCGGAGUGAGAGGAAGCGUCACAGCGCCCACGGAAGACACUUCGAAUCCGAAACGGCAGAGGGAGUCAACUUCGGAGAUCCAAUCAGUCACCAGUCCUGGGGAGCCUGAUGGAGCUGCUAGGGAGUACCAUGCCGUCUCCAAUCCGGAGAUGGAGUGGACUCAGCUCCUCCCCUUGUUGCAAGCCAGCCUUAACAAUGCCAUCAACGCAACUACGGGCUUUUCGCCAAACCAGCUACUCAUGGGCUUCAACGCCAGAACGGACCCACUGUCGGCUCUGGCUGAGAUCCCCGACGAAAGACAGGCGAUCCGAGACGCAGCAAGACGAGAAGCACAGGAAGCCAUCGCCUUUGCAGCGGCCGGCUGGAAGAAUCGGUUCGACAGCAGCUUGUCAACAAGCCGUCCGACCCCAGCCCAAACCAUCACCCCUCUACUGCAUCUUUCGGCCCUCAACAUCCAUCUAUCGCCGGUGCCUGCUGCCCGGGACCGGCACGGUGUACAAGCUCUUGUCCGUGGCUUCCCGACUGGCUGA